GCGUCUCCCUCGCGAGCUCGCGGUGAAAGGAUUUGGCGCCAGGCGGGUCCGGCUCCGCAGCUCCCGCAGCCGCACGAAUCCCCCGCGCCUCCCGCCCGCACCCACCGCCCGCCAGGGCACCGACGCACCGCAGGCAGAGCCAGAGCCGCCCGUCCGUCCCUGCCCGCCGCCGCCCGCGCGCCGCCCAGGGACCGAGCCGCCAGUGCCGCCGCCGCCGCCAUGAGCUGCUCGCCCGUGAACGUGAAGAAGCUGAAGGUGUCGGAGCUGAAGGAGGAGCUGAAAAAGCGGCGCCUUUCUGACAAGGGCCUUAAGGCUGAGCUCAUGGAGCGGCUCCAGGCCGCGCUAGACCAGGAGGAGGCCGGCGGGGGCGGCCCCGCCAGCGGCGCGGCCGAGCCCGGCAACGGCAGCGUGGAGGGGGAGGCGGCCGAGAGCGGCGGGGGCGCCGCGCAGCUCCGCCAGGGGGGAGGCCCCGGCCAGGCCGCGGCCUCCGCCAUGGAGGACGACGACGAGGAAGGGCUGGAGGCCGCCGAUGGCGACGCCAUGGAGCUGGGCGAGGAAAACGGCGAGCGGGCCGGGGGCGGCCCCAUGGAGGAGGAGGCGGGCGGCGAGGAGGAGGAAGAGGAGGAGGAGGAGGAUGAGAACGGCGAUGACCAGGGUUUCCAGGAGGGGGAGGACGAGUUGGCCGACGAGGAGGAGGCCGCGGCCGGGGACGCCAACGGCCACGGUGACCAGCAGCCGCCGCAGCCCCAGCAGCCGCAGCAGCCCCCGCCACUCCUCCCGCCGCGCAGCGCCGCCGCCGCCAAGGAGGCUCCCGGCAAGAGCGCUGGGGGCGCCUCGGGGCCCGCCGCUGCCUCCGGCCCGGCGGGCCCCGCCAAGCAGCAGCAGCAGCAGCAGAAGAAAGCGGAAGGCGGCGGCGGAGGCGGCCGCCCCGGGGCGCAGGGCGCCGGGGGAGAUGGUAAAACGGAACAAAAGCCUGGUGAGAAGAAGAGGGGAGUGAAGAGACCACGUGAAGACCAUGGCCGGGGAUACUUUGAAUACAUUGAAGAAAACAAAUACAGCAGGGCCAAGUCCCCUCAGCCACCUGUGGAAGAAGAAGAUGAACAUUUUGAUGACACAGUGGUUUGUCUUGAUACUUAUAACUGUGACCUGCAUUUUAAAAUCUCAAGAGACCGGUUUAGUGCUUCCUCUCUGACCAUGGAAAGCUUUGCUUUCCUUUGGGCUGGAGGGAGGGCCUCCUAUGGAGUUUCUAAAGGCAAAGUCUGCUUUGAGAUGAAGGUUACAGAAAAGAUUCCUGUUAAACACCUGUAUACAAAAGACAUUGACAUACAUGAAGUGCGAGUUGGCUGGUCAUUGAACACAAGUGGAAUGUUGCUCGGUGAAGAAGAAUUUUCUUAUGGGUAUUCUCUAAAAGGAAUAAAGACAUGCAAUUGUGAGACUGAAGACUUUGGUGAGAAGUUUGAUGAAAAUGAUGUGAUUGGAUGUUUUGCUAAUUUUGAUGGUGAUGAAGUGGAACUCUCAUAUUCCAAGAAUGGACAAGAGCUUGGUGUUGCAUUCAAAAUAAGCAAGGAAGUUCUUGAUGGGCGACCACUCUUUCCACAUGUUCUCUGCCAUAACUGUGCGGUUGAGUUUAACUUUGGUCAGAAGGAGGAACCUUACUUCCCUGUACCUGAAGAGUACACCUUCAUCCAGAAGGUCCCCCUGGAGGACAGGGUUCGAGGACCAAAAGGACCUGAACAAAAGAAAGAUUGUGAAGUGGUGAUGAUGAUUGGCUUGCCUGGAGCUGGCAAGACUACAUGGGUUACCAAACAUGCAGCAGCAAAUCCUGGGAAAUACAACAUUCUUGGGACAAAUACUAUUAUGGACAAAAUGAUGGUUGCAGGUUUUAAGCGUCAGAUGGCAGACACUGGAAAACUUAACACACUGUUGCAAAGAGCUCCACAGUGUCUUGGAAAGUUCAUUGAGAUUGCAGCUCGUAAGAAGCGGAAUUUCAUUUUGGAUCAGACAAAUGUGUCUGCAGCUGCGCAGAGGAGAAAAAUGUGCCUGUUUGCAGGCUUCCAGCGCAAAGCAGUUGUUGUUUGCCCAAAAGAUGAAGACUACAAGCAAAGAACACAAAAGAAGGCAGAGGUGGAGGGAAAAGAUCUUCCAGAGCAUGCAGUUCUCAAAAUGAAAGGGAACUUCACACUGCCAGAGGUAGCAGAAUGUUUUGAUGAAAUAAUCUAUGUAGAGUUGCAAAAAGAAGAAGCUCAGAAGCUUUUGGAACAGUAUAAAGAAGAAAGUAAGAAAGCUCUUCCGCCAGAAAAGAAACAGAACACUGGCUCAAAGAAGAACAAGAAGAGCAAUAAAAAUCAAUUUAAUAGGGGUCAGAGAGGACGUGGAGGAUUCAACAUGCGGGGCAACUUCAGAGGAGGAGUUCCUGGCAAUCGUGGUGGAUACAACAGGAGGGGAGGCAACAUGCCUCAGCGAGGUGGUGGAGGUGGCGGUGGUGGCGGUGGCAGCAGCGGAGCAAUUGGCUACCCGUAUCCUCGUGGCCCUGUCUUUCCAAGCAGAGGUGGCUAUUCUAACAGAGGAAACUAUAACAGAGGUGGAAUGCCCAACAGGGGAAACUACAACCAGAACUUCAGAGGAAGGGGAAAUAAUCGUGGCUACAAAAACCAAUCUCAGGGCUACAACCAGUGGCAGCAGGGUCAAUUCUGGGGUCAGAAGCCAUGGAGUCAGCAUUAUCACCAAGGAUAUUAUUGAAUACCCAAAUAAAUGAACUGAUACAUAUUUCUCCAAAACCUUCACAAGAAGUCGACUGUUUUCUUUAGUAGGCUAACUUUUUAAACAUUCCACAAGAGGAAGUGCCUGCGGGUUCCUUUUUUAGAAGCUUUGUGGGUUGAUUUUUUCUUUUCUUUUUUUGUACAUUUUUAAUUGCAGUUUUAAAGUGAUUCGUAAGAGAACCUCAGCAUUGUGCACGAAAAGAGAAUGUGUCAGUAUUUCAGGGUUCUACAUUUUAUCUGUAAAAUGUGACUUUUUUUUUACCACAACAAAAGUAAAACGUUGCUUUGUACCUGGUGUCUUUUUAUUAAAGAAUUUUCUCCUUUUUCCCCAUCCCCCAAUUUCUAAGAAACAGUCGUGAGUCAUGUCACAAUACUAUAGAAAUGUUAGCAACCAGAUUCAUAUGGAGGCAUCUUAGUAGCCCUCAAAUACCAUGAGAUUAUGUAAAGCUCCCUAUUACACUCCAUCCUCUCUAUGAAGUUCUUGGGUGGGGAGGGGAGGAGGGGGAGGCAAAAGUUUCUGGCAAUAACUGGGACUUUUUUGUAACAUUUGGAACUCAAUAUGAUGUUGGGGGCAAAGAGGAAACCUGGGGCUGAAUAGUGAUGGUGGAGUGUAUGUAGAAGCUCUUAAAGUUGUAAAACUCGGUUGCUUUAUUUGUGGAGGCUCAAACUUGUGAAGGUACAAAACCAUAAUUUUUUUCCAUUUGUUCUGCAUUUUGAUUCUGAAAAGAAGCUGGCUUUGCCCAUUUCUUAUUAAACAAAACUUGUUGUAAAUCCAGUUGUCUAAUGGGAUCUAUAUGAAGUUAGCUGUGUGUCUGUAUAACUCUCCCCACAAAAUACUGUAUACCUAGUGUGCUUGUAGUAGUUACUCCACCAUUUUGUAAGCUAAUGAAACUGUGAGUCACCCAUUUUAUAUCUUAAUUUUUAAUCAUGUCAAUUCUCAAAUGGGUGUAUCUCCUUAGCCUGCUGAUUACUUUUCUCUUUAAAGAAAGUAGGUGGAGAAGUUUAACUCUAGACGUUUGUUUGCAAUAAAAUAAAUUCAUUUUACUCUUGUUUGGGAUUGUUGCCAUCAAGGUCUAAAAUCCCGUUAAUGCUAUAAAGAGAAGGAGAAUGUAUGAAAGCGAUUAUGUUGGACAGUUUUAAACUCAUUACUGUACAUGCUGAAAUACUUGUGUUUCUUAAAAAAACUGGUGGUUGCUCUGUUAGAGAUCUAUCACAUGUAUAAUUCACAGUUUAACAUGGUUAUAUGUAUAGGGCAAAAGUCUUUUGAGUUGCGCUUGCAUCAUGUAAAUCCACUUCUUUAUUGUAAAAUAGACGUUAGGGAAGGAGCAGGAAGACUUGGACAGGGAGUAGAACAGGACGGAUUGUCAUGGAGUUUGACCGCUUCAGUUUGUUUUAACUGCUAUUCUGUUCAGCUUUAUGCUUCUGUAAAACUGUAGUGGCAAUGUUCGCUGCUAACUUGCAUUUUAAUGCCCUAAGACAGGGAAAAGACGUACCCAUUGCAAGAGGGACACGGGGUACACACGUGAGAACACGCGGCACUGCCGCCAUCGGGGCCCUGGCGUGUGCUGGCAGUCCCCGUGGCAGUGUCUGCACUGGCAGCAGCCUAGAGCUAGAGUCCUGUGCUGUGCUUGAAACUUUUCUCCAGUGUUACUCAAUUUCUAGUAGUCUUCAGAAGUAAAUUGUGUUGCUCUUCUAGCCUUUAUAGCAGAUGCCAUUGCAUAUUGACAUUAAACAUUAACAGCACCACCUCCUUGUUAAUAGUGCUUUAAAUCAUCCCUUUACUUUGAAUGAGAAAAAUGUAAAUUGUCUUAAAAGAAACACUAUUUAAUGAAAUUUGGGGAAUUGAAACCCAAAUAUGUUUUGCUGAAAUGGAGUUUUCUUUAGACUUGCAAAAAAAAAGUUUAGUGUAAUUAAAGUCCAUUUCCCUUCUACCCUCCUCACAAGAACUAACACUUUGUAUGGAGUGCUGAUCCUUUGCUUAUUUUGGUACUCUAUAAAUGAUAUAGUCUUAAACUAAAAUAUAAGAGCCUACACUUAC